AUGACAACCCUAACGACACCAUUCGAGUUUGCGCCGUCAUGCACCGACAUUCCCUUCAUUACGACGAGUGUGGUAACUGAUUUUUGGUGGAACGAUCACCAGGCUACCACUGUUACCAUUCUGGCGGCGGACCAAUCCAAUGACAGUGGGUACACCCGAGGGUGGCCGAUCAAUGAUCUUAACAUCGAAGGUAUCACGAGUCCGGCCUGCUUCAAGGAAGCUCCUCCUACCGUAACCAUCACCGAUGCCUCAACAACGGCAGCCGAGACGACGACAGGAGUGACCACCGAAACUCGCCGGUCGUUCGUCAACGGUAUGCUGGUCCAGGCUGCCUGGCAAAUCUCCUGGGCAUCUUCUGAUGCCUCCACUCUCUCGCCAGCACCUCCCACCCUGACUUGCACUGGGGCGGAAGAAGACGGACCAACAAUCGGGACCUGGGUACCGGGCACGGAGGCUACGGGAGCGUGCCUCGCACACCCCAGCUACCGCCGUGAGUGGUCUCAGUCUCUCAAAAACUUCCUCCUGAUUGGCUUACCCAUCCUCGGCUUUGCGGGCCUAUUGUCUUGUGCAACGUGCUGUUACUGCUGUUAUCGGACGACGAAGAGGGUCAAGAGGGCCGAGCGGGAACGCGUAGAAGAACAAAUGAUACGAGAAGGGUAG